AUGCGCAGAAAUGCUAUCACUGAAAUGAAGAAUCGGCUCGAGCGACUUGAAUCGCUUUUGUCUCCGUCGAAGAGCAAAUUCGCAGACCAUGAAAAUGACACUCCGGUUUUGCCCGUGGCCGGUGAUAACGAGCCGUCAUUUUAUUUGACAGAUCGCAUGGGCUUCUCUAGUUUCAUUGUCUUUUUUACUUACGUUAACUCUGUCAUACCGCUUUAUGAUCAAGAACGGUUCAUGAGGCUUUUCAACCAGCAGUACUCGGACAACCCACCAACAAGCGUGUCCUGGUAUGCCUCGCUUCAUGCGGUGCUCGGCAUCGGCGAACUUGUAUUUGAAGAUGAGAUCGAUGCAGAGGCUAGCUAUAUGGCCAUUGGAGCAGCAGCGCGCCUUGCUCUUGGCUUGGGAUUACACCGGACACUAGUGGACUCCCAUCUUACGUUAAGUGAAGUGGAAGAGCGACGGAACGUUUUUUGGGUUCUGUACGUGUUGGACAGAGGCGUAAGCCUCCGACUUGGGCGUCCCCCUACUAUCUGCGAAGAAGACAUCGAAGUCAGCGAACCUAGUCUCGGAAAAGCAUCGCAGCCGUCCCAAGUUAGAGACGGUUUUGCGCACCUUGUGAAGCUAAAUAGGAUCAAGAGCGAGAUCUACUCAAAACUUUACUCUGCUCGAUCUUGGAUGGGUGAUUGCCAAGCAAAAAGGCUUGCUUGCCUGAGAGAUCUUGAUGAGAAGCUCAUCAUCUGGCAAAAAUCCUUGCCUAAAGAUAUGCUACCAAUUCAACGAGCACUACACUAUCCGAACGCAGUCUUUAGCACCAUGACAGUGUUGCUAUACGCUGAAUAUUAUAACUGUCAGUUGAUGCUCUAUCGAACGGACAAUUAUUGGGAGUCUCUGGAAUCGAAUGAAAAUUCUGUCCGCACAUCCAUUUCCUCAUCCAACCCUUCCGGGUUCUCAAGCCGUAAAAAAUGCCUCACCGCUGCGAGGCAUACAGCCGAGCUUCUUGAAAAGUUUCAACAAACUGGGAAUGCGUUUCGGAGCAACUUGGCACGCUAUUUGUCCUAUUAUCCUCUCACUGCUUAUUUUGACAUUUUCCUCAACUUACUCGAGCACCCUCUUGACUCGAGCAAUUCGGCCGAUCUUCGUCUGCUCCAUAUUGUGAUGGAUUCUAUGUUAAGCGCUCUGACCACAACCAGCUCACCACUUGCGUUGCUGCUGGCUGAGGUCUUUCAGAAGAUGACGGGAAUAGCUCAUAAUAUCCUCAUCCACACCAAGAUUGAGGGGGUAGACCAAAAACUCUUACCUCAGGUUAUCACCGCCACAAAUGCUGCGGGAUUCUCAGUCAAUGCCACUGGAGGUUUUCCAUCAUCAGCGCCUGCCACCAAAGAUAGUGACUUGGACACCCCUGUGUAUCACACUUCCUUACCACCGCCUAUGCACACUGAUAUGAGCCCAUAUUUUGAUGAAUCAGGGCCAUUAGGACCUGAUACAAGGUCGGGACCAAGUUUUGCGCAUCCGGGGUCUGCUGAUGGUUCUCUGAGUUGGGCUCAGCGUCUGCAUGGGUAA